CCGGGGGGUAUCUUAUCCGAGGGGUUAUCGCAGGAAUAACUAGAGAGAAGUCAGAGCAAAAUAGGAGGAGAGAGAGUCGGUUUAUUAAAUGAACUCAGCGUGUGGAGUUGAGGUGUAGAUGAUGAUUUACAAGGAGAAAUGGGCUGCUAUUUAUAGCAGCAAUAAAUGCGAUGAGAGGACACGUGUCAGUAAUCCAACGGCCGAAGGGUCACAUCAACCGGUUGGCACCUGCAGUGGUACGUUUACCGCAUUGAAUGCGGCUAGCGGAUGUGACGUGGCCUUAAAUGCGGUGGUUGGCUGUCUCCAAAAGGAAUCUUCGAUGAUUGAGCGUGUCUGGCCGAAGGCUCCUGGUGUAGCCGAGGGCUCCAUGCGACCAGGACCCCUGUGUAGCCGAAGGCCUCUUGUAGCCGAAGGCCUUAUGUGACCGAGGGCUAUGAUGCCGAGGGCUUGACAGUGCCGAAGGCUCAUGUUUUUUGCUGUUUUCUCCCAGUAGCUUUUUAUGCCAGAGAAGGCUAUUCUGUGAGCUUUGGAGCCUUCGGCCAAGGAGGCCGAAGGCACCCCAGCGCGUUUUCUGGGCUACUUUGAGGCUUGGGCCGUUGUAUUUGGGUCUGAGUUGUUCCCCGAGCCCAAUGGACUUAUGUAGGAGAAGUAGGAGUCUAUGGGCCGGGGGUUCCUGGGCCAUAUACUCCAUCAAUCACAUAAUCAUACACAAUUUAUCUCAUAAAUAUGUAUAUCAUACUUCACUUACUUAUACAUCAUUCUUUUCAUAUAGGCAUUAUUAAUCAUUUAAUAAUCCAUGAAAAACUCAUUUGAUAAUCUUAGGUAAUCUUGUGAAAUUAACCCAAAAAUUAUAAGCAAUAUAGUCAGUCAUCAUCGCCUUAAGAUGUGCUACAAUAGUUGCCUUUGCUAGACCCCUCGAUCAAUCCCCGUUCUAGGCCGAUCGAAAGUGGAAUUUCUGGGCAACAGAUGAAAGCCGACCGGCUUUUGCAAAAGGUGGGCGGCUUUCGUGGUCUGCAGCUACGAACAGCUCUUUUCAAGUGGUGGUUUCCGACGAUUUCGACUCCUAUCGAUUCCACAACUCUUCUAAGUUAAAUAUUACCACUUUAUAACAAUAUUCUACACUUUUAAAUGUGUAGAACUUCAUGUUUAAUCCAUCAUAUGAUUU